UCCGACCGCGGGUGGGCAGGCCGGGGCCAUGGGGCAUCCUUGGGCUACCCAGAGCACCGACGCGGGGCCCGCGCGGCUGCCGCUCGUGUUCACCGCGUUGUGGGCCGCCGCCGUGGGCCUGGAGCUGGCCUACGUGCUGGUGCUGGGCCCCGGGCCGCCCCCGCUAGGACCUCUGGCCCGGGCCUUGCAGCUGGCGCUGGCUGUCUACCAACUGCUGAACCUGCUGGGCAACGUGGGGCUGUUCCUGCGCUCGGAUCCCAGCAUCCGGGGCGUGAUGCUGGCCGGCCGCGGUGUGGGCCAGGGCUGGGCAUACUGCUACCAGUGCCAAAGUCAGGUGCCACCGCGUAGUGGGCACUGCUCCACCUGUCGUGUUUGUAUCCUGCGCCGGGACCAUCACUGCCGCCUGCUGGGCCGCUGUGUGGGUUACCGCAACUACCGGCCCUUCCUGUGCCUGCUGCUACAUGCAGCUGGAGUCCUGCUGCACAUCUCGGUGCUGCUGGGCCCUGCCCUGUCAGCCCUGCUGCGGGCCCACUCCUCUCUGCACACCGUGGCGCUCCUGCUGCUGCCCUGGCUCAUGCUGCUCACAGGCAGAGUAUCUCUAGCCCAGUUUGCCUUGGCUUUUGUGAUGGACACGUGUGUGGCAGGUGCGCUGCUGUGCGGGGCUGGGCUGCUUUUCCAUGGGAUGCUGUUGCUGCGGGGCCAGACCACGUGGGAGUGGGCUCGGGGCCAGCACUUCUAUGACCUGGGCCCCCACCGCAACCUACAGGCAGUGCUGGGACCUCGCUGGGCCCUGGUCUGGUUUUGGCCUUUUCUAGCCUCUCCUUUGCCUGGGGAUGGAAUCACCUUUCACACCACAGCUGAUGUAGCACUUGUGGCUUCCUGACUCCAGGGUGGAGUUAGAACUGCACAGGGCAGAGGGUGGGGAAGGAGGAGCUGAGAACUUGUUUUCAGUCUGUCGCAGGAGUGAGACCAGGUUGGCCUUUCAUACCUGCAGUGGGCAGCUCUAGGUUCUUCCUUGGCCUUGCCCAUGCCCAGUUUGGGUUCCUUUAUGUCCAGGGUUCAGGCAUCGCAACUCUGUCCUUUUAGUAGAGGAGGGUCUGGCAACAUGGCUGGUUAGCCAGCCUGGCUGCCCCUCUGCUAGGCUAAUAAAGUGCCUAGGAAAGGGAGGUUUGGGGCUUCCCUUCACCAUUGCUGGGAUUUACUCCUCACUUUGUUGUCCUGGAUGCUGUUUCCAUUUUUUUUUUUUUUUAAUUACAGAUGAAAGAGAGGUGGGGAAAGAAUGACAAUAUAGGCAUGCCAGGGCUUCUAGCAAACCAACUCCAGAUGCAUGCACCAUCAUGUGCAUCUGGCUUAUGGGGGUUCUAGGAAGUAGAACCUGGGUCCCUAGGCUUCAUAGGCAAGCACCUAACCCUCAAGCCAUCUCUCUAGUCUUGUUUCCAAUUAUUGUGAUUGUCAGGCCUGGAAUCACAGAAUGUGGGGUGGGGGGCUAAAGGGCCAGGAUUCUCCCUCCUCUGGCCCUGGUGGGUAUGAUCUAGAGUGGGGUAUGAUCUAGGCAGUGAGAUUCCAAGCAGGCUUGACAGGGUAGGGUCAGCACUUGAUUAAAACAUUUCCUUUUUUGUUGUUUUUUUUGAAGUAGGGUCUCACUCUAGCCAAGACCUAGAAUUCACUAUGUAGUUUCAGGCUGGCCUUGAACUCAGAUCCUCCUAUUUCUGCCUCCCAAGUGAUGGGACUAAAGGUGUGCACCACCAGGCCUGGUGAUAGAAACAUUUCUGCAGCAGGAGUUUCAUAGAUCCUCUUGGGUCAACCUGGCAUAUGGGGGCAGCAGUUAGGCUCCAUAGUUUAUGGAUGAAAAAACAAAAAGCUCUACCCAACUGAUGUGACAAGAUCGUGGAACAGUAAAUUCAAAGAAGCCGGAUUGAACCCAGGUCUUUGAGCUCCUGCCUUCAGCUUGCAUAGCUGAAGGAAGUGAGGAGAAAAAUAAGGGCAAAGCAAUGAUUUAGCCUGUGAAGAAUACUUCUGGGCAGAUAGCUGUACCUCUGUGGCUCUUUGGAAGCUGCUUGUUCAUUGUUUUAUUGCUGUUUUUGUUUGAAUUUUUUGUUGUUGUUUUGAGAAAGGGUCUCAGUAGCCCAGGCUAGUCUGGAAUCUACUAUGAGUUCAGGCUAUCCUGGAACUCACAACAGUCCUCCUGCUGUGCUGGGAUUACAGAUGGAGUGAGCCCACAUACCCAGCUUUUAACAUUUUAUGUAAAUAUAAAUAGCCAAUAAUGACAGGCUUCAUUCAGCACACCAGUUUAACUUUAGUUUCUCUUAGACUCACUAAAAUGAAAGUAAAAAAAGUAAAAAAAGAUGAUAUAAUGUGUUAGAGGAAAGAAGCAAAGGAGGCUAAGUGACAGCAGUAAUAUCAACAGCCUGACAAUGUUUUGAAAGAUGGAAAGACAGGGGAAGCUUUCUCACUCCCUUAGUAGAGAAUUAGAAAUCAAAAUUACCUGUUUCCAAAGGGAGGCACUGACAGGAAAGGAGAAUUGCCCUCAGACUGGGGAGAUUCAGGGACUCUCCCAGUGAUGUAAAGGAUGAGGUGGGGCUUUAGUCCAAUCUUGGGGGCAGAUGUAAAUUCUUAGGAGGCACUAGGCCCCCUCCCUGGGCUCCAGCCAAAGCAGCUGCCCAUGUCUGAUUAAAGGACAAACUGGACCAGCAAAAACUCUGGGCCUCAAGGGGACCAGGAGAGUUGGGGAUGAGGGGCUGGACCAAAAGUGGGGCUAAGUAGGAUUCCACAGAAAAUGUUGGGGGCCCUCUACAGGUGACAGGCUCCUCCAUAGUCACUGGGAGCCCAACCUUCUGACAGGCUCUGCUCAUGCCCCAGAAGCCAUUGUUUUUUUUUGUUGUUUUUUUUUUUUUUCAUUCAGCAUGCUCUAUUGCUUGACUGUGGCGUUGGCAAAUACCCUGCCUCCUCUUGUACAUUGCUGUUUCCCCUGCAGAAUAUCUAACUUUCCUGUGUUUUCACAUAGUGAGGAGAUGUAUAAGAGUAUUUAUAGUCCUCACUACCACCUGUUUGACAAAAUCACUAUUUCUUUAAGUUCAUACUGUGCCCUCCCUGGUGGGGGGGCACACUGUCUUAAUUGUUCUCUUGCUUUGUUUUAUAGUUGCUACAUAUGUUUGUACUGAAUCAAUAUGUUUUUGAAUUUAUAUGAAUGGAAUCAUACCAAAUUUAUUCUUCUGUGGUUUGCCUUUUCGCUUAAUGUUCUAUUUCUGAGAUGUGUCCAGAAUUAUUGCAUGUAGCAGCGGAACAUUCCUUUUCCCUGCUGUGUAGUGAUCUAUUGAUCAUACAACUAACUUUUUCUAUCUUGUUUCACUGGUCAUUUUAUCUACCCCCAUGUUCUUUGGGAAUCAUGCCCCAAUAACACUAAUCAAGUUUGUAGAACAGUGGCAUCUUUAUGAAACUGAACUUUCCAGUUCAUGAACGUGGUAUAUUCAUUGAAUGUUUUCAAUAAAGUCAUACUUUUUUUCUGAUAAAAA